AUGGUUCAAACCAUCAUCCCGAUCGUCUCCCAACGAGCCCCUCCGCAUGCGACCCAACCUUCGCAGCAACGGGAGACCCCUUUCCGGACUCACGCACCACUUCCUGAGCUCCCCGCCUCACCCCAAAACCCCGCAGCUCGGCCCGGGAGCCGAGAAGCGGAAGACACGGCGAGCCGCCCCGAGCCCGAGGCUCCGACCGCCGACUCGACGAAUGCCCUUCGAGCUCAGUUGCACCUCGUUAGUCAAAGACUCGACGAAGUGCAACAGGAAGUCCGAAAGUCGAAAGGUGAGCUCGGGGCGGACGGGCAGCAGGGAUCCCCGUUCACCCCCGAGAUACAAGAGCAGGCGAUCCAGCCACACUUCCGCCUCCCCUCGCUGGAUGCGUAUGACGGCGCCGCUGACCCAGCGGACCACGUGGCCGCUUUCCGCGCCCAGAUGGCGUUGUACGGGACAUCUGACGCCUUGAUGUGCAGGGCGUUCCCGACAACUCUGCGAAGGCCAGCCCGCACAUGGUAUAGCGGCCUGAAGCUAGGAACCAUCGCCUCCUUCGAUCAGCUCGCCAAGGAUUUCAAGCUUAACUUCCUGGCGUACGCCCGACCAAAGCCGUCCAUGGCAUUACUCCUCGGGCUCAACCAGAAAGAGGACGAGCCCCUCUCCCAUUUCGUGAACCGAUUUACAACACAAAUCCGUGGAUUGUCGGAUGCUCACCCCUCUCUCUUGAUACAGGCAUUCAUGAUGGGCCUACGGCCCUCCAGGUUCUUCUGGUCGCUCGUGGAGCGGCCCCCCACCGCGGUCCCCGAGAUGCUCCAGCAUGCCGAUAAGUUCGUCGCCGCGGAGACUUGGAUGGCUGGAAAGCGGGAGGAACACAAAAAGGUCAAAUCGGAGCUGCCCCGACAGCAGCAACCCUCCGCCUCCCGGCGAAAGUUGGAUAGACCUGACCCAAGGCCCCCUCUUCCCGCCCUGAACUCAUCCCGAACUGAAAUAUUCCUACAUGAGAAGGGGAAGGGGCUGCUCAAGGACCCCCACCCGAUGAAGAACCCGCGGGAGCUCGCAGACCGAUCAAGGUAUUGCCGAUUUCAUCGGCAACACGAGCACGACACUGAGCAGUGCUACGAGCUAAAGAGGCAGAUCGAGGAGCUCAUCCUCAGAGGUCACCUCGGCCAGUACCUCCGGCCGAAUAAAGAGCAGUCACCUCGCCCAGAGGGCCCCGUCGAGUGGCAUAUUGAUGUGAUAGCCGGGGGACCCGCAUCAGGGGGAGGCUCCAUGUCGGGCAGGAAGGCAUAUGCACGAGCCGCCCCCGACGAAGCCUCGGGACGUGAGCCCGAACCCGAGAUUACCUUCCCAACUGGGGCUACCGAGCAACCCGACCACGACGAUGCCUUGGUGAUAUCGGCCAGGGUAGCCAACGCGCAGAUGAGGAGGAUCAUGGUCGACACGGGGAGCUCGGCCGACAUACUCUACUUCGACGCCUUCCAGAAGCUGGGCUUGGCCAGGGAGAAUCUGAGCCCGAUGCACUCGGCGCUCACCGGUUUCACGGGAGAUUCGAUAUCACCCCUAGGGGCUAUUACUUUGCCCUUGACUCUGGGGACCCCGCCGAGGUCGAAGACAGUGAUGACCACUUUCUUGGUGGUCGACCUUCCCAUAGCUUACAAUGCCAUACUUGGUCGGCCAUCCCUCAACAAGGUCAGAGCCGCCGUCUCGACCUACUACCAGAUCAUCAAGUUCCCAACUUGUGCCGGAGUCGGGGAAGUCACGGGAAGCCCUCGGGAAUUCAAGCGGUGCUACCUCACCUCCGUCUCGUUAGGCAAGAGAGCCAGGACCGAGGCGCCCCUGGAAGAUCCGCGCGAAGCGAAGGAACUGGCUCCUCAUCCCGAGCCGGGGGGAUCCACUGUUGACAUUCCUCUACGAGAAGCUCGGCCGAACCAAACGGUCAAGAUCGGAUCGGAGCUGCCCAAGCAGGAACGAGAGCAGCUCGUCGGUCUCCUACGGGAAAAUGCCGACGUCUUCGCCUGGUCCCCAUCAGACAUGACGGGCGUCGACCCAAAGGUCGCGGAGCAUCAUCUCAACAUCCCGCCUGACGCUCACCCAGUGAAACAAAAGCCCCGGCGUCAGGCCCCUGACCGACAACGCGCAAUACGAGAAGAGGUGGACCGGCUCUUAGCCGCAGGCUUCAUAGAGGAAGCCAAAUAUCCUCAAUGGCUGUCCAAUGUAGUCCUCAUGAAGAAACACAAUGGAAGCUGGAGGAUGUGCGUUGACUACACUAGUCUCAACAAUGCAUGCCCUAAAGACUGCUACCCCCUCCCGAAGGUCGACCAACUGGUCGACGCGACGGCCGGCCACACGCGACUCUCUUUUAUGGACGCCUACUCAAGAUAUAACCAGAUCAGGAUGGCGCCUAAGGACAGGGAGCACACGGCCUUCCUCACCGAUCAAGGGGUAUACUUCUACAAAGUCAUGCCGUUCGGACUGAAAAAUGCUGGGGCCACAUACCAAAGAACGGUGAAUAAGAUGUUCGCCCACCAGAUCGGGAGGAACAUAGAAGUCUACAUGGACGACAUGAUCGUGAAAAGCCAAGAGGCUGGAACGCACCUUGCCGACUUGGCCGAAGCCUUCACCACGCUGCGCAAAUACGGCAUGCGGCUCAACCCCACAAAGUGCGCAUUCGGCGUCACCUCCGGGAAGUUUCUUGGGUUCAUCGUGCACAAGAGAGGAAUAGACGCCAACCCGGAGAAGGUUCAAGCAAUAAUCAACAUGCAAUCUCCCCGGACGAUUAAAGACCUGCUGCGACUUAACGGAAGACUCGUCGCACUGUCUCGCUUCCUCGCCCGAUCGGGCGAUCGCUGCCUCCCGUUCUUCAAGGCCCUUAAAAGCCCGAAGAACUUCCUGUGGACAUCAGAAUGCGAGGAGGCCUUCGAACAAAUGAAGCAGCACCUGGCCAGCCUUCCCCGGCUCGCCUCUGUCUCCCCCGGCGAGAAGCUGGGCCUCUACUUGGCAGCCUCCCCACGUGCGGUCAGCUCUGUCCUGGUCAAGGAAAGCUCCGGCCAACAACUCCCGAUCUACUACGUCAGCCACAUCCUGAGUGGCCCUGAGGAGCGUUACCCACCGAUAGAGAAACUCGCAUUUGCCCUGGUGCUCUCGGCUCAGAAGUUGCGUCCCUACUUCCAGGCACACCCGGUGGAGGUCAUCACCGACCAACCUCUUCGGCAGGUCCUAAUAAAAUUUGAUGUUGCAGGACGGCUCCUCAAAUGGGCGGUGGAGCUCGGCGAACAUGACAUAAGAUACCUGUCCAAGACCGCCAUCAAGGCCCAGGUGGUAGCCGACUUCAUUGCGGAGCUGACUCAAAUGGAGGACAUGAAUCUCGAGCAGGCUCCCGAAGCUUGGACCCUACACGUCGACGGCUCGGCCAACUCAAGGGGCGCCGGCGCAGGACCGGUUCUCCUCGCCCCUGACGGACGCUCGUUCGAGCGCUCCCUCCGCUUCGGGUUUAAAGCCACCAACAACGAGGCGGAGUACGAGGCGCUCCUAGCCGGACUGAGGCUGGCCCUCGAGAUGCAAGUGGCCGCGAUACACGUCCUCACCGAUUCGCAACUUGUGGCCGAACAGCUCAAUGGCAGAUAUGAAGCUCGGGACACAACCAUGGCGAAAUACCUGGCUCAGGUAAGGGACCUGACCGCCAAGUUUCGCUAUUUUACACUAUGUAAUGUUCCGAGGAAGGAAAACGAGCGAGCUGACGCGCUGGCUAAGCUGGCGUCGAGACCAACCCCCGAAACAUGGUCGGAGAUGGAGGAGCUCCCUGCCCGCGCCAUCGAGGUAGCAACUACGGCCCCAGGAAGCGCGCCGAUCACAUUGGUGCAAGAGAUGCUGCGCUUCAAGCGGGAUGGAACUCUUCCCCCCGACGAAGUUGCAGCUCGGCGCCUGCGUCGUACGCACGCAUGGUACACCGAGGAGUGUGGCCGCCUCUACAAACGGUCCUUCACCUAUCCCCUCCUGCGAUGCUUGGAACCAGAUGAAGCCCAGAUGGUCCUGGCCGAAACCCAUGAGGGGAUCUGUGGCGAGCACAUCGGCGGGCGAACCUUGGCGCACAAAAUACUCUGCCAAGGCUACUACUGGCCGACCAUGUGCCGGGACGCGAAAGCUUACUGGGGUUUGGAUCUGCUCGAACCCUUCCCACCGGCCUCCGGACAACAGAAGUAUAUAAUCGUGGGAGUAGACUACUUCACGAAGUGGGUCGAGGCCGAGCCGUUGGUGACGAUCACGGAACACCAAAUGGAGAAGUUCGUGUGGAAGAACCUGGUGACCCAGUUCGGGCUGCCCAAGGCCAUUAUCAUGGACAACGGACCUCAGUUUGCCGGCAAAAGAUUCCGGGAGUUCUGUGCCGGUCAUGGCAUCCAGUUGAGGUUCAGUUCGGUGGCCCAUCCUCAGACGAACGGGCUGGCAGAGGACGAGCUCCCCAGCGUGCUGUGGUCGCUGCGCACCACCCCCAAGGCCACUACCGGAGAGUCCCCGUACAGCUUGACAUUCGGGACCGAAGCUGUCCUGCCGCCCGAGUUGGCUGUCACCACCCUCCGGACGAGGAGCUACGACGGGGAAGCCUCGGACGAAGGCCUUCGCACCAGCCUCGAUAUACUCGAGGAGCGACGCGCCGACGCGCACCUAAAGGCCCUCUCUCAUCAGAGGGCUGUCGUGAGGAUAUACAACAAAAAGGUGCGACCUUGA